GGUGGCACUGAUUGGUAGCACUGAUAGGUGGCACUGACUGGCAUUGAUAGGUGGCACUGACUGGCACUGAUAAGUGGAACUGAAAAGCAGCUAAGAUGGGCACUGAUAUGUGGCGUUGAUGUGGCACUGAUGGGCACUGGCAGGUGGCACUGCUGGGGCUACACGGAUCAUCAGGGCACACUGGUCAUCACUCUCAGCGUGACAGCUCGUGAGGAGAGAAAUGCCAAUAACGGCAUUUCCUUAUUUACAUGCGAUUAGCUGUGAUUGGACACAGCUGAUCACAU